AUGGAUGAAUAUACGGCAGAAGCAUUUGUCAACCGCGACGAACCACUUGCAUUGGUUUCGGCUCCAAAUAACGAUGCCGAGGCGGAAGCAGAAGGAGAAAGACGGCGAGACAAACUCAGACACUCUCUCUCACCGUCGCACCUGAAGACCAAAGGCCAGGGAUUCCUCGCUUCUCAGCUACAAGAACAAGGGCCAACUGCAUCAAGCAAGCCCUCCCUUCAAGACAGACUCUUCUCCAAGGUCCUCCAACAGGUCAUCCCAGCAGCAGAUGUCGACGAUGAUGAACUCGAAACCGCGACACAGGUUGAUUAUCGAUCACCCAAAUAUGUCGCGCGGCCGGCCUUCAGCCUCCCUCUCAUGACCAACAACUUCCGCCGCUUCAACGCUCGCAUUGGUAUAGUCUUCGUUUUCCAGAAUCGAGUUAUCCGCCUCUUCACCUGGCGAACACCUACUCAUACUCUCUCCUUCCUAGCGGCGUACACUUUCGUCUGUCUGGAUCCAUAUCUUCUAGUGGUUCUUCCUGUCGCCGUCGCCCUUCUCUUCAUCAUGAUUCCGGCCUUCACCUCACGCCAUCCACCCCCUCCUCAACAGUCGACGUCAGGCACAACUCCAUACUCAUACCAACAGGCUUACACUGGCCCGGCCCUGGCUCCUGCUCGGACAAUCAAGCCUGCGAGUGAAACCUCAAAAGAUUUCUUUCGCAAUAUGCGUGACCUCCAAAAUUCCAUGGCCGACUUUUCCAAUCUUCACGACGCUCUUGUGCAAUCCAUUGCACCAGCCACUAACUUCAGCAACGAGGUUUUCUCCUCACAAGUAUUCCUCUACCUGACGAUUUUAACCACUGCUUCUCUCAUUACUGCUCACCUUCUACCCUGGCGCUUCAUUGCUCUAGUUCUAGGGUGGACAAUAACCAUAUCAUCUCACCCAACCGCACAGUCGUACCUCCUACAGCUACAGAAACAGGCCGAAGUGCAAACCCAGCAAGCUCUCAAUGAUCCAGCACUCAGGCACACGCGCUACAUUCACGGCGUACGUCUCCCCGCCACGCCGGCAGCGAUUCAUUCUACACUCACCGCAUUCUCUGAGAUCACCCUUUCUACGACCCCGGAGACACGCGAAGUGGAGAUUUUUGAACUUCAGCACCGUCCUCUCCAGUCGGCAGCAUCGGACAAGGCCGAAGAAUGGCAACCUCACCUCUUCACCCCGUCCCCUUACGAUCCCCUCUCGCCUUCACGUAUAGCAGGCGACCGUCCACGGGGAACUCGCUUCUUUGAAGAUGUCGCCCCGCCCGAUGGCUGGGAGUGGGCGUCUAAGAAAUGGGAACUCGAUCUCGAAGCUGGGGAGUGGGUGAAUGACCGACUCGUUGUAGGCGUGGAAUAUGACGUGCUGCAACAUGACAACAACGGCGCGAAUGCCAUUUCAACGGUUCGCCGAGAAAGUGUUAAUGCAGAUUUUGGAGGGUGGGUAUGGGAUUUACCACCAGCACCAGGCAGUGGUGCGAGCCGCGAGGAUGACUUGUGGCUGGCCUACGGAGAUUACAACGUCCCAUCACUCAACCGUGAGGAGGAGGGGAAGAAGAAGAAAAGUGACAAGGACAAGAAAUCGAAGAAACUGACCAAGGACUGGGAGGAAGCCACGGUAUAUGACAAUACAGGACGAACCGGGGAGUGGAGGAGGCGACGGUGGGUGAGACUUGUCAAACGACAGAGGGUGGAUACAGUCACCUGA